GAAAUAGGACAAAAACGUUACCGAACUGGACGAGUAAGUAGAUGCGGAAGUUGAGCCCACGAACUGGCAUUCGAUGAAAACAUAGCGAAUCCAUUGGUGUCGCUUCCAAACUUUCCCACCCAACGAACACUGAACCUCGUCUUCUCCGCCCCCCCUUUCAUUUCUCCUCCCUUCUUCUUCUUCUCCGCUGCUCCCACUCGAAUUCACGCCAUUCCUUUCUUCUCCUUCAACCAAUUUCUCCCUACUCUCUCCUGACAAUGGCGUCCGCUUCCUCUUCGCUCCUCUCCAAGGUCCCUACAUCUUCGGCCAACACCAUCUCCUUCUCCGCCUCCCUCUCACCCGCCCUCCCGCUCUUCCCUUCCCAGUUUCACCUCCGCCGCCACCGGAGAACCGGCAAUGCGCUUAGGGUUCAGUCCAAGAUCCGGGAGAUCUUCAUGCCGGCGCUCAGCUCCACCAUGACCGAGGGCAAGAUCGUGUCCUGGAUUAAAUCCGAAGGCGACCUUCUCUCCAAGGGCGAGAGCGUCGUCGUCGUCGAGUCCGAUAAGGCCGAUAUGGACGUCGAGACAUUCUACGACGGCAUUCUCGCCGCAAUUGUCGUUCCGGAGGGCGAGUCUGCUCCCGUGGGAGCCCCGAUUGGACUCUUAGCCGAGACUGAGGAAGAAAUCGCUGAAGCGAAAGCCAAAGCUGCUAGCGCCGGUGGCUCUUCUCCUGCUCCUGCUCCCGCUGCAGCUGCUCCAGCUGUUUCCCCGAGUCCUCCUGCCCCUGCUGCUUCGGCUCCUCCGCCGCCGCCGCGUCCCGCAGACGGGCCGAGGAAGACGGUGGCGACGCCUUCUGCUAAGAAAUUGGCUAAGCAGCACAAGGUGGAUAUUAGUAAGGUGGUUGGGACAGGGCCAUUCGGUAGGGUAACGCCUGGAGACAUUGAAGCUGCCGCCGGGAUCGUGUCUACAAAGCCGAAUGUGGCAGCCCCUGCCGUGGCGGCACAGUCUGCUCCAGUUGCUGCUCCUAAAGUUGCAUCCGCUCCUUCAACCCCUGCAUUGCCAGGUUCCACAGUUGUACCCUUUACAACUAUGCAAUCCGCGGUAUCCAAGAACAUGCUGGAGAGUCUUUCCGUGCCCAGUUUCCGAGUCGGGUAUCCGAUCACGACGGAUGCUCUUGAUGCCCUCUAUGAGAAGGUGAAACCGAAGGGUGUGACAAUGACUGCGCUGUUGGCAAAGGCUGCCGCAAUGGCACUUGCUCAGCACCCAGUUGUUAAUGCUAGCUGCAAAGACGGAAAGAGUUUUACUUACAACAGUAACAUUAACAUUGCUGUGGCAGUGGCAAUCAAUGGCGGGUUGAUAACUCCUGUUCUUCAGGAUGCUGAUAAGCUAGACCUUUAUCUACUGUCCCAAAAAUGGAAAGAGCUUGUGGAGAAGGCCAGAGCUAAGCAGCUUCAGCCCAAUGAGUACAAUUCAGGGACUUUCACUCUAUCCAAUUUGGGAAUGUUUGGAGUGGAUAGAUUUGAUGCCAUUCUUCCCCCUGGCCAAGGUGCUAUCAUGGCUGUUGGAGCCUCAAAGCCUACUGUAAUCGCUGAUAAGGAUGGGUUCUUCAGUGUGAAAAACAAAAUGCUGGUGAAUGUAACAGCUGAUCAUCGGAUCGUGUACGGUGCUGACUUAGCUGCCUUCCUCCAGACAUUCUCAAAGAUCAUUGAGAACCCUGAAAGCCUCACUAUGUAGACAAGCCCUAGCUGUUACGAGCCGAUAGAUUUCAAUUAAUUCAAUCACCUGGCGAGAUAGAGUAUCUAUUCGAUUUGGAUUGCUGUAAGCCUGUUGAAACCUGCUUCUUUCUUUCCAUCUUUUCACUGCCCAGUUUUUACUAAUUGUAAUAUCGUCAUUCAUUUUGUUUCUGAGCUGAAAAGGGUGUCUUACACGCACUCGGCUGUUGUGUUAAAGAUGACAAUAAAAAUGAUCUUGAGAGUUUCAUAGACAGCCUAUUCAAAAAUCAUUUCUUUCUGAGUUCUCUUGAAACAACCUUGCAAAUAUUGCUUUCUCUGCAGACAACUAACUGUUCUUAUGUACACACAAGUUACAUAUGAUAUCGGUUUUGUCUACAAAAAGAUUUGAAGUGAUUUUGUUUACAAAAAGAAUCUUAAGAGUCUAAUAUGGUGAAGAAUGUGGUUUGCAAGUUGCAACCAGUUACAGGUAGUAAAAAUACAACAAAUUUGCCGAAAUGCCGGCCGACGGAAUGGUCAGGGGAUUGAGUUGCUCUGUUUUUGAAGCAACAGGGGAGAGAGCUAGCUGCAGCCAUUCAAAAUUCACAAGAACUUGUGGA